AUGUCUUUAGAUAAGUUUGGGAAUGAAGAUAACAUAGUAGAUUUAGAUACCAAACAGGACAUAUGGGAAAUUCAGGAAGAUGGUGCAUUAUUAAUAUAUACAUCACAGGGCAUGGAAAGUCGUUCAAAGGUAGCCGCAUAUGAUAUGGAUGGUACUUUAAUAAAAACAAAAUCUGGCUUAGUAUUUCCAAAAGAUUAUGAUGAUUGGCAACUUAUAUAUCCUGAUGUGCCAGUUAAAUUGCAGAAACUGUAUAACGAUGGCUAUAUGAUAGUAGUUUUCACUAAUCAAGCAUCUAUAGGGUCUGGAAGAAUAAAUGCCAAAUCUUUUAGGAACAAACUUAGGAAUGUAAUACAAAAGAUUGGUAUUCCAAUGCAGAUAUUUAUAGCUACUGGAUAUAGCAUUUACAGAAAACCAGCAAUUGGAAUGUGGCAAAAAAUGGAAGAAAAGAAUAAUUCCAUAUUUAUCGAUAAAGAAAAUUCUUUUUACGUCGGAGAUGCCGCAGGGCGAGCGAAAAAUUGGGCUCCCGGAAGGAAGAAAGAUCAUACCUCAGCCGAUCGAUUAUUAGCGCUUAAUUUAGAUUUAAAAUUUUAUACUCCAGAAGAACACUUUCUUGGUCACAAACAGGCUCCUUACACAUUACCCACAUUUAAUCCAAAAAAUUUAUCGAAUGAGGAGAUAUGCUCAGGAAGUAAUAUAACUUCAAGCAGUCAAGAAAUCAUUCUAAUGGUUGGCUGUCCUGGUUCUGGAAAAUCACACUUUGUAAAAUGUCAUUUAAACCAUUAUAGUUAUGUUAAUAGAGAUACUCUUGGAAGCUGGCAAAAAUGUAUUACUAUGAUGGAAAAACAUAUAAAUGAACAAAGCAGUGUAGUUAUAGAUAAUACCAAUCCGGAUUGCGUGUCAAGACAGAGAUUCAUAGAAGUAGCGAAAAAAUAUAAUGUACCUGUAAGAUGUUUUGUUAUGUUAACAAAUAUUGACCACGCAAAACAUAACAAUAAGUUCCGCGAAUUAACUGACCCUAAUCACGUUAAAGUUAGCGACGUGAUUAUUAAUUCCUAUGUGAAAAAUUAUCAAGAACCCAGUUUGGAAGAAGGUUUUACAGAAAUUGUUCAUAUAAAUUUCGUCCCAAAAUUUGAGAAAGAAGAAGAUCGUCAAUUUUACGAAAUGUAUCUGCUUGAAGGAUAA